AAAAAUAAUUUAAUAAAUAUUUUAAAUUUAUCAUCUUAGUUCCGGUUUUAAGCUCAUCAUGGCUAAAGUAUUUGGAGUUUUUAAGACUAUUAGGAACAAUUGGAAGAAGUCUGUGUUCUUCACCGCUGUCCUAUCGUACGGUGCUAAUUUUGCCAACGAAAAAUAUGAGACUCAUAUGUUUAUGUCUCAAUGCUGUAGAACUGUUUCGGCUUAUGGAGAUAUGUCGUUGUCAGUAGAUAAAAAACCUAAAAAGGUAACAGUUAUAUUGAAUCCAGCGGCUAACAAAAGAAACUCUAAAUCAGAUUUUGAAAAAUAUUGUGCUCCUCUAUUAUAUUUGGCUGGUUACUCAGUUACAGUCCUUACAACAGAACGAGAGGGUGGUGCUAGAAGUUUGGUAGAAAAUUUAAUUGGUGAAACAGAUGCUCUUAUUGUAGCUGGAGGCGAUGGCACUUUAUCAGAGGUAGUAACUGGAUUGUUGAGACGUUUAAAGGGUGAUACAUCUCUCACUGAACAUUUACCAAUUGGAAUUUUACCUCUUGGACGUACAAAUAAUGUUGCUAGACAAUUGUUACAGCACCAGGAUGACAACCAUAUACAUUUUCUUACCAACGCGACAAUGGCUAUUAUAAAUGAAGUUAAUUCUGCUCAUCCUGUUGUAAAAAUUGAAAAUUUGGAGAGUCAAAAUCCUGAAAAAUGUGUCUAUGCUUUGAAUAGUAUUGAAUGGGGUGCAUUGAGAGAAGCCAAAGUGACUCGUGAUCAAUACUGGUAUUUUGGCAAACUAAGAGAUUUGGCUGCUUUUGUGUUUGGUAACAAUUUUCUCCACUACACAGUAGAUGCAGAAUUAGAAUACAGUCCACCAUGCUCUGGUUGUAGUAAUUGCUACAAAAAAGUAACUACUGCUAUCAAUAAAUCAUCAAGUUUAUUUUCUUGGAUAAGUUGGGUUUUUUCAUUUAAUAGAAAUUCUGGUGGUACAGAUUAUUCAAAAAUAAUCAAUCCCGAAUGCAGUAAUUAUUCAAAAGUUCCAAUCAAAACUUUUAAUGUCAAUAUCAAUUUGGAUGUUAAUCAGACACCAGUUCUGAAAAUAAAUGUUGGUCCAGAAAAUAUUUCUUACUCUGAAUUUGUGAAAGAAGGUUAUUUAAAAUUAAGAAAUGAAAAUAGUAAAAUUCAAAAUUCUAUUAUCGAAGCUAAAGAUGUGACAGUAACACCUCAUAUUGAUGAUGAAAAUAAAUGGUUAUCAAUUGAUAAUGAAGAUUACGAAGUUAAGCCAAUGAAAUUGUCAUUACUACCAAAUGCAAUAUAUUUAUUCAAGCCUGACAAUUCAAUGAAUCAGUUACAAGAGAAAAAAGAUCAAGAAUCAAGUUUGUCAUUAGAUAAGUUUAGAAAUCAUAUUGGUUUAAAACAAUUUGUUUAAUUAAAAAUGUUAAUAGUAUGGACUGAAAUAUAUAUUUAUACUUAUUAUGUA